UAAUGAACUUCAUUCGAAGCUUAGAAGGAUUCAAAAACCUGAAAGAAAACGAGCUUUCAUGCAAAGAAAGGGUUCUGGAUGCAUUUAUUGGUGUCAUGUCUCAGUAUUUCAACUAUGACCCAGCCGAAUGCGUUUUGCAAAACUUUGACGACGUUAGCCAAAUGACGAAUCCAGAAGCAGUGAGAAAUCACCCACUUGUAUGGUUCAGGCAUAUAGAUGAUCUUUUGCGAAGAGCGGGGUACACCAAAUUCAAACCGAGUGAUCUGAUGCUACCGAAUAAAGUGAGGACUCUUGCUGCAAUCGAACAUCUGGAUGUGCUGCAUAGAAAGCAGAAUGAGCUUAAAUCGGAGGCAACUCUCGCCAUCGGCAGAAGUAGACAACAGGCAGAGAAAGAUAACAAGGAUCUUGAGAAUGAAGUUAACCAGCUGACGGCCAAGAUCCAGCAGAUAGACUACGUAUCUCAGAAGGCUAAGAGAACCCUGGGAGCACGCACAGCUGGGGCAAAGGACUCUCAAGGGGCGCCACACUUUCUACGCAGGGAAAUGGAUACACUGAAACAGGAGAUAGAUGACCAACGCGAGUCUAUCAAAAAAGACAGAACAACCACGGAGUUUUGGCGAAAAGUAAUCAAAGACCUGGAAGAGUGCGAGGAGACAAUCAAGGCGAAGUUGGCAGCUGUCAGGUUCCUCAUCUGGUGCUCGAAGGAGAACCAGCAGAUGUCGAAAGGGAACCAGGAGAAUAAGCAGAAGACUUUCGAGUUGGUAACUGGGAGAAAAGAGCUGAUGAUAUAUUUGGACAAGAUAGACAGUUCAAGACGGGAGAUCUUGAAACACAUUGACAAACUGAGCUUCAAAGAGAUCACAGCUAGAAGUAAGCUGAAGAAAGUAUUGGAGGAGGUGGUGUCUCUUCUCGAACAAAUUGAAGUUGCAAAAAGAGGACUGUUAGAAGCCUUUCAAAGUACACAAGAGCUCAAUGCGUUUAUACGAGAAAACGCACAAGUUUGUAGUUUUGUUCGUGAUGCCUUGGUUAAAAUAACCGAAGAAUAAUUCAGAAAAACUAUCAACUCAAAUUAAAAACUGUUUUUUGUUUGAAUUUGUUUGUUUGUGAUUGUGAUUAAAUUUAUUGCAAAUUUUGCGUGCUGAAAGGGGCGGUGAAAAUUAAUUGGAAAUCGUUUUCGAGAUUUACCGAAAGAGAUUUUCUAAUAUGUAAGUUUUGGCCCAGCGUGCGACG